UGACUUCUUCAUUAAUAACAAAGACGCACAAGGUGUGUUUCAAGAUGGAAGCAGAAUACAUUCGAAUUGCAGAAGCAAUUCAACAAGAAGCUCGCAAGAAUGACAAGAAGCGGCUUCUCGUUGCUAUAGCUGGAAUACCAGGCUCUGGCAAGACAACCACAGCCUCAGCUGUCGCUCAACAACUCCGAGCCGAGUCGCAACCAAACAAAAUAGCCCUCGUUUCCAUGGACGGCUUCCAUUUGUCGCGGGCGGCAUUGGACAUACUCCCUAAUCGGGAAGAAGCAUAUAUCCGGCGUGGUGCACCAUGGACCUUUGAUGCAGUGCGUUUCGUUACGUUUGUUCAACAGCUACGACAGUGGGCAGAUUCUACCCCGUUUCCCACAGACGGAGGCUCAUCAUCUGACGCUACUUCAAUAUAUGCACCGUCGUUUGAUCAUGAGGCCAAAGACCCCAUUGAAAAUGGCAUGAUUGUUACAAGCGAUGCCUCGAUUAUCAUUAUCGAAGGCAACUAUCUCCUGUUAAACGAAGAACACUGGCGUGAUGUCUCGCAACUAGUCGACUAUCGCAUAUUUGUCGAUGCAGACUUGCAGGAAGCUAGGGGAAGAGUCGCUCGACGUCAUGUUAGUGCGGGGAUUGAGAAGACGCUGGAAGAUGGUUUUCGUCGUGUCGACAGCAAUGACUAUCUGAAUGCGCUGCAUAUCCAGGGGAAACUGAUACGGCCUGAUAUGGUGGUUAAGAGUGUGGAAUUGACAUAGACAUCAUUUCGUGUACACAUCUACAAUACAAAGCGCUCAUAAUGGGACAUCUUCACACUGAAAGGAAGCUAGAUUCGGGCGAUGAUCGGAGCGGACUCUUUACUCCUUGAUCUUGCUUUUGUGAAAAACAUCCGGAAUCUCCGGCAUCCAACGAACCCUACUCUGACAGAAAAACUCUCCCUUCGGCGGCAACACUUCCGGAUCAUCCAAUGUCCCUACACAAAUAUACCGGAAAUCAUUCUUGACAGCAUCCCCAUACUCGCAAAUAUAGCUCCCACAAUCCCCACAAAACUCCCGAUGUAUUAUACUUCCGGACCCAUUAUCACCCACGUAUUCCUUAAGCUUACCGGAUGUGAUCUGAAGGGCAUCUUUGGGGACCUUGGCGGUUAGACCGUAGUUUGUUCCGAAAGCUUUCUAUAACCCCGAAAUAUGUUAGUCAAUUGAACACCCUGUGGACAAAGUUAAGGUGUAGAUCGUAGAUCAGAACCGUGGAGCUAUCUGGCUAACCUUGCAGCUGCUGCAAUGACAGA